CGUCUGCGCCCCAGCGCUCUGGCGGGCGGGGAAGUGGUUAAGGCUGGUGGCCCCCGUAGGGGCGCCGAGUCUAACGAGAUCAAAGGCUGCUGCCCAGCCCGCCUCAAGGCGCGCGCCGGGGUCACGUGCCCCUUCGGUGAAUGGGGAGGAGCUGGCGUGCAGGGGGCCCAGCACUAAUCCGGACCGGAGCCUUGGUCGCUGUCGGAGCCAUGCUGCGGAGCUGCGUCUCACGACUGCGCAUGCUUGCGGUUCUGGGCGGCCCGCCCGGAGUCGCGCCUCUGCCGGCGAAGGACCCGUGGUCGCCGCGGGUGAAUCCCGGAGCCGGGCGGCGGGAGCGGGCGGCCAAGCCAGGCUGCGUCAGCGGUGACCCGAGGUCAUUUUCUUCUGAGGUCAUUCAUAUGGACCUUUCUCUCCCCAACCCCAGUUGGAGCGAGGACAUGAGACUUCUCUUUGACCAGUUCAUGAAAAAAAGUGAAGACGGCUCUUGGAAACAUUUGCCUUCAUAUAAAAGUAAAUUUACUCAAAGGACUGAAGACAUCAAAAUCUAUUUUCCUGACGCAAAGCUAAUGAAAGAAAAACUGUCACAGGCCCAGCUCUUUCCCAGAAGCUUUGAGGAAGGCCUGGGCUUUGAAUAUGCAAUGUUCCAUAAUUGUGUUGAAGACAGGACAGUUUGCAUAUUUCAAGGAGGUCCCUACCUGCAAGGAGUACCUGGAUUCCUUCACGGAGGUGCCAUUGCAACCAUGAUUGAUGCUACUCUUGGUAUGUGUGCUAUAGUAGCCAUAGGAUUUGCCAUGACUGCCAGCCUCAACAUCAGUUUUAAAAGGCCUAUCCCCCUUGGUUCUGUUGUUGUGAUAAAUAGUCAAGUUGAUAAAGUUGAAGGAAGGAAAUUGUUUCUUUCUUGUAAUAUCCGAAGUGUGGAUGAGAAGACCGUGUACUCAGAGGCAACAAGUUUAUUUGUAAAGCUGGAUCCUAAAACAAGGUUGACAUAAACGAGCUUCUGGUACAUUCUACACCAGUCUGCGUUAGGGUCUCCUUCCCCCAGAAGAAGCUGUUGUGCCACUCCUGCUCUACUUACCUGCCAUUGAGUCCCCCAGAGGGUGAAGCCUGCUAACACACCUUCCUGAACAGAUCUUCAGAAUACAACUCCAGGGACUCUGGUGCCAUCUUCUAAACUCUUCAACACAGAAGUACUCCUUGUGAGAGUGGCAGCAAUUACUUGUGUCUCCUUAGGAUAAGUGUCUGGUUCACGUGACUUUGAAUGGGUUCCUUAAGGCUGCACAAGCAUGCCUUGUGCACAAGCACAAACACAUGCACAAGCAUGUCUGCCCCGUUGCUGCCUGGAGAGAAAACUCAUACUGAAACUCUUACCACAAACUUGGAUAUGCCAGAAAACCAAAGGAAGUAAUGAGGUAUGUGUGCGUGUGUGUGUUAUAAAUUACAAAGCUAGCUUUAUUGUAUCCAAACGAAUCUUUUUGGCUACAGUAGGAAGUGCAGCUAGUUCCUGUUGGAAUGAAUAACUCAACUCUGGAUCCUAGAGAAUAAACAGCUGUACGAUUUU